CACCGACCAGAUUCACCAUCGACUCUCAAUUCUGCACAUCUGCACGCAAGGGACUCAGAGACUAGCAACAUCUAUAUUCCACUGCUUAGCACAUGUCGGAUUUCAGUCGUGGCCUCAGGUUUAUCCGCCUGGCAGCUUCUCUUUAUGUUGCGAUCGCGGUCAUCUAUACAACAAAUCAUAUUCUGUCUCAAGUACGGACAUUUGCGAGGCUAUACAUGGCCUCCUACGAUACAGCUGCUGUCCAACAAGAUGCCGAGGUCGCUGUUAAAACAUCUCAGGAAAUGUUACUUUGGCCUGCGUCCCCGUUGUUACCCGAACAUACAUCUGCCAGGGCAACAGACGAGAUUCGAAUGAGCGAAGAUAUUUUUCUGUCCAAGGCAUUCUCGCAGUCGAUGCACCCUCUUAAUGUGAUUCCCUACUACUACAGGGCUUCGAGGACAUUCGAACAGAACGAUAUUACCAUCACCACUCUCGUUACAUUCAAUCGAUUCAAGGUCUUUUCCGAGCUUGUGACACGCUACCAAGGUCCGAUUUCUGCAACCGUUCAUGAUAAGCCUAGUGCAAUACACGCCCUUCUGGAUGCUUUGCACGACCUGUAUACGUCAACACCCGCGAUGUCAACCUAUGUCGAUAUACACCUUGUUCUCACGCCCUUCGACCGUCAAUUGAACACUUGGCGAAAUGCUGCGCGUCUCUUUGCCCGUACCGAAUUCGUCAUGAUGCUUGACGUCGACUUUGCCAUUUGCACCGACUUCCGUUCUGCCAUCAGGGCUAGUCUGGAUGCCAAGAUUGGACAAAUUCUUAAGGAGGGACAUGCUGCUCUUGUGAUGCCUGCGUUCGAAUAAUAUCAAACAGCAAGAUGGCCUGGACCAGAAAUAUUUUCCUCGCGAUAAGCAGGUCUAGAUGACGAACGACAUAUUCUAGGAAGUCACUCAACGAUACCAUUUUAGACAUUGCUUUCGCUGGUCAAGGCGAAGAAGAUCGAUA